UGCGCAUGUGUUUGGAGCGUCUUCCGAAAAAUGAUCUUCAUGGGCAGAAACCGAUCGUGACAUUGCCAACGAAAGCAGCACUAGCUCAAUUUGAAAGCCAGCAAAAGACUCGUCCAAUUCCACCAACAACGAAUACAUCUCGUGGCGGUCAACCACCAAUGCAGCCCGGUGGCGGUCCAAUGCAAGGCAACUUUCCGCAGGGACCACAAGGUCAUCCGCCACGCAUGAUGAUGCCAAACGGACCAUCUGGACCCGGUGGUUUUCGUCCACAACACGGUAUGCCACCACAAAAUAUGGGAAUGCCACCGAAUCAGGGUCCACCUCGAAUGCAGCAACCAAUGAUGGGAGGACGUCCGAUGGGUCCACAAGGCCAGGGACCUCAAGGAAUGCCCCGAUUUCCGAAUCAAAAUCAAUGGAAUCCACGACAAAACGGUCCACGGCCAAUGCCAAAUGGACCACCAGGCAAUGGACCGCCACAGCGACCAAUGUUUCAGCCAGGUGGUAUGCCACCGCGCGGCCCAAGAGGCGAUUGGAAUCGUCCACCAGGAAAUAUGCAUCAAGGUGGUUUUCAAGCUUAUAUGCGGAGAGGUAUGCCAAAUCAAUCGAAUAUGAAUAUGCAAGGGCCACCACGUGGUCCACCACCAGCACCACAAAUGGGUCCUGGUGGCCCAAAUAAUAUGGGACAACAGCAGAUGCCAGCACCACACGUCAAUCCAGCGUUCUUUAACCAAAAUUCAGGUCCACCUCAAGGGCAUCCACAUGGCCAUCCAAAUUCAGGCGGUAUGAAUCAGCCACCACAAAACAUGCAGCAUGGUGGCCCACAGCAUUUCCCUCCAAUGGAUAACGGACCACGUUUCCAUAAUGCGCUAAAACCACAAUCGAUUCCGCCAGCAAAUCAAUUCCCAGAACAGCCGAUACAUCCACAAAUGAGCGAAGCUGAAUUUGAAGAAAUAAUGACGCGUAACCGUACUGUUAGCAGUUCAGCUAUCGCUAGGGCUGUUUCAGAUGCGGCCGCUGGCGAAACAAUGAGUGCCAUCGAAACGCUCGUUACAGCUAUUUCAUUGAUUAAACAGUCAAAGGUUGCUCACGAUGAACGAUGCAAAAUACUGAUCAGCUCAUUGCAAGACACUUUAAAUGGUAUCGAAAGCAAAUCAUACAGACGUAGUCGCUCAAGAGAGCGUCCUCAUCGUUCGGAUCGGCGUGACAGACCCAGACGAUCAUCACGCGAACGAAGUGCAUCCAAGGAACGCCGUUCUUAUCGGGAACGAUCACGUGAUCGAAGCGGACGAUACUAUGAAAGUGGAAGUUCAUAUCGAUCCAGAAGUAGAGACCGAACUGCAUCUGGAACGAGUGGAGUUGGCAAUAGUGGCAAUGAUCACUACAGCGAAAGAUCGAAUCGUCCAAGAAACAAAUCACCUGAUAACUCAGGCGAUCCAAGCGAGUCAUCGAAACGAAGCUACUACGAUGAACGGUAUAAUCGAUCGUCCAGAGACAGAGACCGUGAUCGUCGCGAUGAUCGCCGUGACGAGCAUCGUCGACACUAAAUUAGAUGGCACAAUUUCAGCUCCUUAUUUUCCAUUUAGAAGUACAGAUUUCUCAUAACUCACCGAAAAUAAUCAUUGUAAACGGCAAGAACUUGGUGUCAACGCAAAAGCCAGAGAGAAAACACAGAUUACAAUCCGAAUCAUACAAAUUUAUUUCCAGGAAUAGAUUCCGGAACAACAAAAAAAGGAGAAUAACUAGCGAUAGAAACACAAAUAAAAGUUAAUUAUAUGGUUUUAGUAUUACCUACACACGCUAAAUAACAAAAAAAAAACUCUUUAUCUGCGUACACUAAUCGAAAACUUUUAUUGCUGAAUAAAAAUCUAUCUUUUUUUGAAUGCAACACAUUUAACGUGCUGCUGCUCUAAUGUAAUGAGAUGACAUAACAAGUGAACAAUUGAACAUGUCUUUUUAAUCUGUUUUCAUUUUUAAGUUAUUUACACGAUAAGUUAAUAUUUUACCAAAACGAUUCUGUACUUAUAUCGCCGUUCAAAGCCAAGUAAGCAAUAACUUAUAAUUUAAUUUAGGCCCAACCAACAAAUUGUGACAAAAAUCAGGCAUUGUGAACAUAGCAAUUGAAUCGUUUCCACAAGAAAAAAGAAACGUUGAAACGAGAGACAAAACAAACAGACAGACAGACAGACAGACACACAGAGAAAAUUGUUAGAAUGAAUGUGGAAUCAUUCGGCUCAAAGAAACAAAAAAUUGAACAAGACAUACGAAAAGAGUUUUUUUUCGUAAAUGGAUCUAGAUGAUCUGACUAAACAUUGUAACUCUAACUAAUUGUAGCAUGCAACAAGGUAGCACGGUUUUUGAGUGUUCAACCAAACUCAUAGAAAUCAUCUGUAAAUAAAUUUUAGCUCCAGAAUAACAAACGUCA